AUGGCAGCUAUUCAGCAAACUGACGGUAUCACGGGAGCACGACCAUACAGCAAAGAGCUUUUUGUGGCCGAUAUCCCGCUCGGCGAAGACGGACACCCUCGAAUUCGAAAACUGUUGAUCGCGAACAGGGGCGAGAUUGCGUGUCGAAUAAUUGCUACUUGCAAGAAAGUCAAUGUAGCAUCAGUAGCGGUUUAUACUCAAGAAGAUGCUGUUUCACGGCAUGUCCAGGAUGCGGACGAGUCCAUCUGCAUUGGUUCUAUGGAGAAGAACACGAGAAAUCCGUUUCUCGACAUUGAUCUCCUGGUCAAAACUGCAAAAGACAUCCACGCCGACGCAAUUCAUCCAGGAUAUGGCUACUUGAGCGAGAACGCAAACUUUGCUGACAGCGUACGCCACGCUGGACUCAUUUUCGUCGGCCCUCCAGCCAAAGCCAUGUCCACACUAGGCGACAAGCGCUCUUCCAAAGACUAUCUCCGGCAGAACGCUCCCGAUGUUCCAUUGAUCCCAGGAUUUACUGGCACCAGUCUUGAAGCCGAAGACCUGCAAAGAGCUGCUGUCGACAUCGGUUUUCCCGUGAUGCUGAAAGCUUCCGCAGGCGGCGGAGGCAAGGGUAUGAGAGUUGUGCACGAACCAUCGCAGCUGAUGACGGAGCUGAGCAGAGCGCAGUCAGAAGCUCAACGCUCAUUUGGCUCAGGGGAUUGCAUUCUAGAGAAGUUCAUUGAGAACAGUAAGCACAUUGAGAUCCAAGUAGUUGGAGACCAGUAUGGUCAAGUAGUGUCGUUCUUUGAGCGAGAUUGCUCGAUCCAGCGUCGCAACCAGAAGGUGAUCGAAGAAACACCGUGCCCUUUUCUCGAUGACGACACCAGGCAGAGAAUGAGCGAGACAGCCGUCCGAAUCGUCAAGUUGAUAGGCUACGAAGGAGCCGGGACCGUGGAGUUCGUCUUCGACACAUCGACGAGAAAGUUCUAUUUUCUUGAGGUUAACACGCGACUGCAAGUCGAACAUCCAAUUACGGAGGAAGUCGUCGGAGUUGAUCUUGUCGCUUUGCAACUGUUUGUUGCUGCCAAAGGUCGUCUCUCAGAGCUCCCUCAGCUGUCAAAUCUUACACAGACUGGGCAUGCAAUUGAGUGUCGGCUUUGUGCGGAGGACCCCCAGCGAGACUUCCUUCCCAGUCAUGACAAGAUCUUGUUAUGGAAGCCUGCAUCUCCAGGAAGAAGCCCGGGCUCGGUCAUCCGUUAUGAGACAGCUAUUCAAAGUGGAACAUCUGUUUCGAUCUACUUUGACUCGAUGAUCUGCAAGAUUGUUGUCUGGGCACCGACAAGAUCUGCGGCGAUCAACAUACUUGCCAGAGAGCUGGCAAACACUCCGUGCAUUGGAGUCAGGACCAACCAAUUAUUCCUUCAAAGCUGUCUGUUGCACCCGGCCUUCCAGGACUUUGGCUACAAGACGUCAUUCAUCCCGAACAAUAUCGACGACUUGCUUCGAAGUCCAUACACCCCGGCCUUGCCAGCCCAUGUUUCACUUAUUCCUAGUAUCUUUCUGCAAAAUCUGCAGAAGGACGAAGCCCAGGGAAGUGGUGGCCGUCGUCACUUCCGGACAGUCCGCCGUCAGUUCCACAAUCAAAAGUUUGACCCGUUCCACCAAAGCUGCGAGAUCAUCUCCCUUAGAGACUCAAAAUCCGCCUCUGGAGGUAUUACUAGGUGCGAGGCCUGUCUUCCCAAACCUAGCUCCAGCAACGCCAAUAACGAGUGGGAUGUCUGUCUCUACCCUGUGACACACAGUAGCCUGGAUGAGAAGGAGUCUUUAUCCAAAGAAGGGGAAGAACUUCCACCGGCAUCGAAUUUGACUGCUACUUACACUGCCACAAGCCGAGCCAUUCGGACCGGAGAGGCAUGGUCGGGGCCUGUUUUCAACAUCAAAAACGUCGAGCUGAAGCCACUAUCUGGCGAGCAGUUGCUAGUCUCGAAGGCGAGCUCUUUGUCAUCGCCAAUCAAAGCCCCGAUGCCUUGCAAGGUGCUGUCGAUUUCUAAGUCCGUUGGCGGCGAGGUCAAUAAGGGUGAAUGUGUCAUGGUGAUCGAAAGCAUGAAAAUGGAGAUCAACAUCAUCGUGGGUGUUUCUGGCAUAUUUCAUACAAAGUGGAGGAUUGGUGAUGCGGUAGAUGAAGGCGUUGUACUCUGUUCAGUUGAGUAG